CAGAGCAGCGCCGUGCGUGCGAGGCAAACGAGGCGAAUCAAAAAGCUUCGCGCAUUUCAUUCAAAGCAGCUUUGCACUUCUUCGCUCGUCUACCCUGCCCUGUAUAGCCCUUUUGACCGCAAGCACCUCUUCACGCGACCAUCACACAAACGCCGAAUCUCUCUUCUCCGCCCAAACAAGCUGCCCAACAUGUCUGACGAUGAGGCUCACAACCAGAACUUCGAGACCGCCCACGCCGGUGCGUCUCUGACCUUCCCUAUGCAGUGCUCUGCCCUGCGUAAGAAUGGUCACGUCGUCAUCAAGGGACGUCCUUGCAAGAUCAUUGACAUGUCUACUUCCAAGACCGGGAAGCACGGUCACGCCAAGGUCCACCUUGUCGCCACGGACAUCUUCACUGGCCGCAAGUACGAAGACAUUUCGCCCUCGACCCACAACAUGGACGUCCCUAACGUCGGUCGUCAGGAAUACACUCUGGUAAACAUUGACGAUGGCUUCCUCAACCUCAUGACUGGUGACGGAGGCUCCAAGGAUGACGUCAAGGUACCCGAGGGUGCCAUCGGAGACGAGAUCACUGCCGGUUUCGAGGAAGGCAAGGACCUGGCCGUGACCAUCGUCAGCGCUAUGGGCGAGGAACAGGCCGUCUCCUACAAGGUCACCACCUAAAUAUGCGCACGACUGCCUCUCCAACCCGACAUCUCCCCACACAAGACUCCUCUUCAACCCUGCAAGUCAAAGAAGCAAUAGUAAUUUCGAUGCUGGUUGUCCCAAACGCAUUCCCCGCUCGGCUAGAUGCUAUUGUUCUCCGUGGAUCACAUGCACUUCGACGAGCCAAAUGGGCUAGCCAUGCCCCUCGCCUCAUUGCGCCGGACCACUGACGCGUGCAGCGAGCAUUCACGAGUGCAUGGCGAAGCACUUGUACAAAAGCAAGAAGCAGAUCACUUUCUCCCGCCCCCUUCCCCCAAAAUGACUGAUCUAGCAAUGCAUUUUUGCUGUUCAGCCACAGCGCGAACCGCUGCAUUCCCAUCUCUGAG